AUGGGUAAGAAGUUGACACAUGAACAGAGGAAACAGAGGGCUAGAGAAGCUGGUUUUGACCCUGAUAAGUCUAAACUUAGUCCUGAAAAGGUCAAGAAGCAACUGGAGCCUGUCACGCGUCAAGGCUAUGAUAAUGUCUGGGACGUCUGGACAGGAUACUGCGACACACAUGAGACCAGAGACAUAUUUGAUGAGCAGACUAAAAACCAUUUCAUCGUCUAUAUUGGCAAGAUCACUCGGGGAAAGAAUCCGAAGAAGGACCCAAGACCCAAACCCUCAUCUAUCAUGCAGUCAUGGCUGAGAAUCUCCUUCAGCAGCUGUGACAAAAUGAUUGGUCGAGGGCUUCGCGUCUCUGACGAUCUGAACAUCUUGGUCAUUCACAACCGCAAGAGCCAGCCUGAAUUCAUCAUCAGGCUCAAGAGAGAUGCAAAAGAAAUGUCUAAUAAGAAAAUUGAGCACCCUAAACAUCCUAUGCAGGAGGAUAUUGAGUCGCUUUCACUUUAUCUGAAUCCAGUUCUUGAGUCUCUUGCAAUCUGUCUCGCACAGGGUCUCUUUCGCGACUUUGAGACCGCUGAUGAAAUAUUCAAGCUUAACCCUUCGCCGGACGAAAGCUAUGAACUUUUCGAGCGGGCGGUGGGUGAACCAACUCAGCUCAAAUUCAAGUUGUCAGCCAAUUGUUCUGACAAGGGCGGCACAGAAAAUGGGUACUCAAUCAAUGAGAGAAUGAAAUUUGGUGGUCAUACGGAUCCGCGGGUAUUCUCUGGAUCUUAUAUGAGCUCAACUAGUAGUGUGGAUGGAGUCGGAAGUAUUCUUGGUAGCGCGUCAUGGAGACAUCAGCAAUCACUUCCGCGGCUUGUCUCUGCGGCGCCAUCCACGGCUAUGGCAAGUCCUACCAGCAAAACUGCGGCAGGAUUUCGAGGACGGCCCGAACAAAAAUAUAACCUUUUGGCUCAAGAACUAGAUGCCUGGCAAAUGCGUCUCGCAAAGGAGAGAAAGCCAGGGACAGCUGAAGAUGACAAUCAUGUCCUGUUGUAUCACUGGACAUGGCAGAAGAGCCCUGUGUCAGAUCACCCAGCUCUCAAGACAAAUAAUGGUUACUGUCCUGUGGCUGAAUGCACCAUCAUUGUGAAUGAACAAUCCCUAAAACUUAAAUGGAGGCAUAUCUAUCAAUGUCUCAAAAAGAGCCUGCAGAAGCUGCAUGGCUUUUCAUCUCUUUGUUUUAUCUGUCAUCAGUGGUUCACUGAUAAGACAGAGUUUGAACAACAUUGUCAAGAUCAUCUUGAUUGCCUGGAAACAAUUCCCAUCCAGUACAACUACCUGGAGGUUUGCGGGAUGCUGGCAUCUCCUGGGUACUGCCCCGAGUGUCUAGGGGACACUGCCAAGUCUGCGAGCGAUCGUCUAAAACCCUUUCUGGAUCCGCAGUCGCUCAAAAGAGAGAUGGACAGACAUUAUAAGCUUCUCAUAGAUGACAAACCUGCAGCUUGCGGUUCGCCGCAUUGUGAUAUGCUAUUUGACUCAAUAUUGAAUCUUCAGCAUCAUUAUAAUGAUCUCCACUGCAUCCCUAUUCCCAAAAAAUGCAACAACUUCAAGCUAGAGGUCAAUAUCAAUCAGCCAGACUUGUCGCAAGUCAAAGACAAUACUAACAGCGAUCUUACAUUUGAUAUUACCACCGCCGCGAGCUUCAAGCGGAAGACCAUCGAUAUUGACGAAACAGAGACAGCAGAGCCAAAGGAGAAGCAUCAUAAAUGCGAAUUAGUCUAUAACAAUCGUCAUGAAGAGACAUCCCCGUUGAUGUCAGAGAUAUCAGAGAGUCAAUAUACCAUUCAUGACUCUGGAUAUUCUUCUUCUAGCAUUCGUCUGGGAGAUGGUAGCGAGUAUGAUUGUGAACCUGCUGAUGCAUCGAUUGUUGUUUCGUCUCUUUCAAGCCACAUCGAGCCUCGCUUGUUUGAUCAUAAAAUUGUCUAA